AUGUCAGCUCUAGUUGUCCCUAACCUCAAUCAUGAACGAUCCAGUAGUCGUCGCAGCUCGCCAAAUCCUACCUCGCCACGUGUUGGACACAAAAGACAACGAAAUGGCGAAGCCGUCGAAGUUACUGCUAACAGUGGUAUGCAAACCCCAAUCACUGCUGAACCAGGGAGUGCUCAAAGACCAAGAUUCACCGCGGAUGCCUCUAUUGUCCUGGUCGGUAUUCGGGGCUCAGGCAAACGUUCGCUUGGGUUCAUAGCUGCCGCUGCUCUAGGACGACGCUUUGUCACGGAAGAUCAUUACUUUCAGAAUGCCACUGGAUUCUCACGACAAGACUAUUUACGAAUCCACGGUAGCGAAGAGUUUCACAAACAAGAUGUGGAGAUCUCGAGAAGCAUGCUCGAGGAAAAUCGCUCAGGAUGUGUCAUCGAUUGUGGUCUUGGUAGUCUGACUCGUGCAUUACAGGACUAUUUGAAAACCUAUUGCCAGACCAACCAGGUGAUCUACGUGCAAAGAGACAUGGCUAGUGUCACGAAAUUGUUGCGAUUGAGUGAAAGAUCAGCACAGAUGCUCGAAGCUGGCGACACCAGUCACCGAAAAUGUUCGAAUUUCGAAUUCUUCAACUUGGAAGAUGUUACCACGAACUCGCUUGAGAGUGACGAUGAUCGAGGUUCACCUACUUACUCUUUCAAGCUGCGAGACGCUCAAAUCGAUUUCUCGAAUUUUGUACAACGUUUGACUGCGCAAGAGGAGGCGAGUAACCAGGAUAAACCGUCAGCCUUCUCAAGAACCAUGCCCAUAGAGGAGAAACUCUUCACCCAUGCUUUAUUUGUUCAUCUGUCGACAUAUAGGCAUGGUCGAAUCGAUUUCUCAGCUCUGCAAGGUGGCGGCGAUGUUGUCGAGGUCAGGAUUGACGAGUGGCAGGAGGGCUCACCUCGUUUGAUCAGUCAACUCGUUGCAGAGAUCAGAAGAUAUCUGAGAGUACCUAUCAUAUGCUCAGCUACAUCCAUCAACUCGCAUUUUCACGUCAACACCUACUUCGCCGCUCUUAGGCAUGGCCUGAGGCUAGUACCAGAUUCGAUGGUUGUCGACCUAGCACUCGAAAAGAAUUGGCUUGCGGAGUUCGUCGAAAGAAGAUGCUGUACACAGAUCGUUGGUGCGAUCAGGUCUCCGAGGGCCGAUCUGUUGCUUGCUGCGAGCGAUCAGGUAAUUGUCCAGGUAGAGAAGGCACUUAAUCUUGGUAUAAAGCUCGUGCGUCUUUCAGCGCCGGCAGUCACCAGAUCUGAUAGUGACCAUUUUGAGCAGUUUUUGCGUGGUCUUAGACACAGGUAUUCAUCCAGAGUACACUUCAGUGCCUAUCUCGAGGAUAGACUAGGACGGACGACCCAAGUUUUCAACCAUAUUCUGACACCUGUAACUCACAAGGCACUGAGAGUCGAUACUAGCUCGACAAUGGACCUAGUACCGCAGAUUACCGCCUAUGAGGCCAUACAAGCCCUGUUUUCCAGCUUCAGCCUCGAUCCCCUCCAUUUCUAUGUAUUUGGCGCCAAUGUGUCCAGCUCGCUGUCGCCAACCAUGCACAAUGCGGCCUACAAAGCAAUAGGAUUGUGGCAUGACUACACACCGAUCAAUGUUGACGGCUGGGAAGAAAUUCAGUCACGAGCACGGAUGAUCGAUUUUGGUGGGGCCAGUAUCGCCCAGCCUUACAAGGUGAGGAUCGUUGACCAACUCACCAGUUUGAGCGAACAUGCUCAAGCUAUCGGUGCUAUUAACACCCUCAUUCCUCUUCGUCGUGAGCAUGGUCAGAUGAAUCACAACCCCAAUCAGGCGUUGUACAGAAACAGGGCGGGCUUCGUCUUCGGCUUUCAUGGAGACAAUAGUGACUGGAUAUCUAUACAGAAAAUGCUGAGCAAGAACUUGUCGCCUCGUAACGUUAUUCAUAAUAAAAGCACAGCGCUUAUUGUUGGAGCUGGUGGCAUGGCACGAGCAGCAGUCUACGCGCUGCUCCAAAUGGGAUGUCGUGCUAUCUUUGUUUACAAUCGUACUGUCGCUAAUGCUCGAAUAUUGUCCGAAUAUUUCUCUCGGUGGGCUGCCGCUCAAAGUUCUUCUAGCUCAGCUCAGGUACGGAUAAUUAAGGGCACCAAUGAACCGUGGCCGGCUGGAUUUGCCCAACCCACAACAAUCAUAUCGUGUGUUACGCACGAGAGGCUGCCUGGUGAGGAGCACGUAUCCGAUUUCACUGUCCCAGAACAGUGGCUUGGCUCAGAAACUGGAGGUACGGCUGUUGAGCAAGCAUACUACAUCAAUACUCCUUUUACCGAACAGAUCAAGCAGCUGCGUGCGACAACUGGUAAGCCAUGGGUCGUCGUGGAUGGGUUGGAGGUUCUACAUGAACAAGCCGCAGCACAAUUCGAGAUCAUGACCGGCAAGAAUGCUCCACGGAUGGUCAUGUGGAACGCGCUCCAAGAUGCAGUCACAGCAAGUGGUGGUAAAGUGUGA